AUGGGUUUACAAGGAGAUGAAGAAACGGGAACAGGGUCGCCGGUAUCAGUCCCAAAACCGUCGAUUUUCCGGUACAAUUCGCCGCUCGUUCAGGUGGCCCUAAUUGGAUUGGUUUGUUUCUGCUGCCCUGGCAUGUUUAACGCACUUUCCGGCAUGGGCGGCGGCGGCCAGGUGGAUCCCACCGCCGCCAACAAUGCCAACACCGCCCUAUACACCACCUUCGCCGUGUUCGGAAUCUUAGGUGGUGGAAUUUACAAUAUUUUGGGACCCCAUCUUACUCUUUUUGCUGGUUGUUCUACUUAUGUUUUGUAUGCUGGAUCAUUCCUUUACUAUAAUCAUUACCAUCACCAGGCUUUUGCCAUAGUCGCCGGCGCCUUGCUCGGAGUUGGUGCUGGACUUUUGUGGGCGGCGCAGGGUGCGAUGAUGACCUCGUACCCACCACAUGAUCGAAAAGGGAUAUACAUUUCCAUGUUCUGGAGUAUUUUCAAUAUGGGGGGUGUCAUAGGUGGUUUAAUUCCUUUCAUAUUGAAUUAUCAUAGGGCUGAUGCUGUUUCAGUGAAUGAUGGUACCUAUAUUGGUUUCAUGGUUUUCAUGUCCAUUGGAACAGUUAUAUCACUGGGAAUUUUGCACCCUAGUCGUGUCGUGCGUAAUGAUGGCACAAAGUGUACUAAUAUUAAGUACUCUAGCGUGGCAGUCGAAUUGGUCGAGAUUCUGAAACUGUUCCUUAAUUGGAAAAUGUUGCUCAUGGUGCCUGCCUCUUGGGCUAGUAACUUUUUUUAUAGUUACCAGUUUACUAAUGUUAAUGGGGUUCUGUUUAAUUUGAGAACUAGAGGGUUCAAUAAUGUAUUUUACUGGGGUGCACAGAUGGUGGGUUCUGUUUUUAUUGGGUACAUAAUGGAUUUUAGCUGUAAGAGUAGGAGGGCUAGGGGUUUGAUCGGUAUUGGAGUUGUGGCUGUGCUCAGUACGGCUAUUUGGGGUGGGGGACUGGCAAAACAACUUCAUUACACUCGUGAUGAUAAGCCGACACUCAAGCUGGAUUUCAAGGAUCAUACUGAUUUUGCAGGGCCAUUUAUGUUGUAUUUUAGUUAUGGAUUGCUUGAUGCCAUGUUCCAGAGCAUGGUCUACUGGGUUAUUGGAUCCUUGGCCGAUGAUUCUGAGAUCCUUAGCAGGUAUACUGGAUUCUACAAGGGUGUACAGAGUGCGGGGGCAGCGGUUGCUUGGCAAAUUGACGUACACAAUGUGCCAUUCCUAAACGAAUUGAUAGUGAAUUGGGUACUCACCACAAUAAGUUAUCCUUUGUUAGUUGUGCUGGUCAUUCGAGCUGUCAAAGAUGAUGAAGAAGUUAAAGGAAAACCAAAGGAAGGUGCUGCACUCCCUGGAAUCCAUUGA